GACUGCCCGCUCAGAAGGCUCCGGCGAAGGGGAGCCCAGCGGGAGCUGCGGCCCCUGGGCCCCUCACAAAGCGGCCCCUCGGGCCCCCCUCCGGCGCAGAGGAGGCUCCACCUACCGGCUCCGCCCCCGCCCCCGCCUCUGGAGCCCGGACGCCCCGAGCGGCCGUCGAGGGAGGCGGAGACAGCCGCGCUCAGCCCCUGCCGGCCGCUCAGCCAGGCACCCAGCCACGGAGGAGCAGGAGGGCCGCAGCCGAGAUGGGCAGGCCGCAGUAGCGCCCCCAGGGGCCGGCGCCAUGGGCUCGGAGCCGCAAGCCGGAGGAGGAGGAGGAGGCCGAGGUGGCGGCGGGAGCGGCUGCGGCUCCUGCGGCGGGGCCCGGAGGGGCGUGGGACGGGCGCUGUCGGGCUUCUUCGCGCUCUCGCUGGCGCUGCACCUCCUCACGCUCGGCUGCUAUCUUGAGCUGCGCUCCGAGCUGCGCCGCCGGGAGGCGGAGGCCGCCUGGCCGCCAAGGCAGAGCAGCGCUGCGCGGACCGCAGACGACGAGGAGGGGGCGGCGGGCGAGGUCUCCGGUCCCGGCCGGCCCAAGCAGCGCUUCGCCCAAGAGUCCGGCAGGCAGCGGCAGCAGCAGCAGCAGGUGGCAUUGCUGAAGUUCUUCUCCCCUGAAGAAAGGCCUUUUUUCGGGGAAGGAAGCCGCCGUGUCCGGAGGAAUAAGCGGAGCAAGAACAGCGAAGGAUCAGAGGGUGCAAGCCCAACAAAAAAGAAAAAAGGCAAAAAACAUGGCCCCCCAGGACCGCCUGGCCCACAUGGGCCUCCUGGCCCCCCCGGAAUCCCUGGGAUCCCUGGUAUUCCUGGCACCGCCGUGAUGGGACCUCCCGGCCCUCCAGGACCUCCUGGCCCCCAAGGCCCCCCUGGCCUGCAAGGCCCCACUGGUGCCAUGGAUAAAGCAGGGCCUAGAGAUGUACAGCCAGCUGUUGUUCACCUUCAAGGGCAAGGAUCGGCGAUUCAAGUCAAGAAUGAUCUUUCAGGGGGAGUCCUCAACGACUGGUCCCGCCUCGCCCUGAACCCCCGUGUCUUCAAGCUGCAUGCCCGUAGCGGGGAGCUGGAGGUGCUGGUGGACGGCACCUACUUCGUCUAUAGUCAGGUAGAAGUAUAUUAUAUCAACUUCACGGACUUCGCCAGCUACGAGGUGGUGGUGGACGAGAGGCCCUUCCUGCAGUGCACACGGAGCCUCGAGACGGGCAAGACCAACUUCAACACCUGCUACACAGCCGGGGUUUGCCUCCUGAAAGCCCGGCAGAAAAUCGCCGUGAAGAUGGUCCACGCAGACAUCUCCAUCAACAUGAGCAAGCACACCACCUUCUUUGGGGCCAUACGGCUGGGAGAUGCUCCAGCGUCCUAGAGGGACUUGGACAGGGAGAACGGACAAGGGAUAUUUAUUCAUUGGUGCAGCAGCAGGAAGGAAGGGCAUAAAAAGGGGGUCCCCUCUGGGUUUUGCAUUAGGGAAAAGGAGAUCCCCUAGCAUACACCAGGGGAAACUGAGGCUGAGGCAGGAUCAUAUCAGUCAGUUCUCUUUGGCAAGCAAACGUUGGAUCUUAGAAUGAGACUCCUGGAUAUAGAGCCAUGUGAUCCAUGGCCUGUCUGUGCCAAUUGUUGUGGAAUAUUCAGGCACCCUGUGCCCAGUAACCUGUCCCUGAGUCAGUUCACUGCCCCCCUGAGUUGAGUUUAAGAGGAAAUGCAGACCUUUGCAGGCUAAGCAGGCAGACUUGUGUCAGCAUCACCAACCCUAAGCUGGGGGAACAAACAGAGGUGCCAGUACUUCAAUAGGAGGUUGCUGAACACAUUUUUCAUGUUCAGAUGUAGUCAGAUAUUGAACAGGCUGCAAUUGGUAAGGAUCCCA